UGUUCGUUUUGGUUGUUGUCUGUUUAUACGGGAAUUUUUCUUUCAUGUUUUCUCGAUUGCUGCUUUCUUUCGCUGUUUUUUGUGCGUUUAUUUCAUAUGCAACAGCCGUGCAAAGCAUUUGCUACUAGUGUUGACAGUUGUGCAUGUUCCGUUUGGGUUGCGAAUUCGGUUGUUCGCUUGGUUUACGGUGCGUCGCGCAAAGUCCUUACGAUCAGGCUGGCUUAUCGCGAUGACAAAUAAUGUUCCGUUUUGUGCAAAGUGGUGUUAGUUAUCUGUACCAGAAAGCAUAGCGAAUUAAUGUGUUGAAAGUAGUGUCGAAUAGUUAUCAACUAGCCAACGAGCGAAAACGUAGAAAAAAGGCAUUCAUUCUAGUUACUGUGGCAGAAGUUUACAAUUUCACGAGCUACGAGAUAGUGCGUGACAUACAUACUUACACUGAGUCGUGUGUGCAUAUUAUAGGCAAUUCCGUUCGAAGCGUGAUUCGUAUAUUUUCUAUCCUCAUCAGCGGAGGAACUAGGAGCAAACCCCGAAAGUUGUGCUGCAGUUCACUUACAAUUUGGGAAGCUCAACCUUGCACUAGUGUUUGUGAGCUGCGGUGGAAAUUAACGAAACAAGAAAACAGUUCGCAGAAAAUGAGCAGUGUUCAGUUUUUGUUUACAUUCAUCUGAGUCAUUAUCGGUCGUUUUUGGUUCUUGUGUUUUGAUUACCAACUAAUACAUUCAAAGUGAUUAAUUGGUGUUUUGUCGAAAAAAGAGAAAUUGGUACCAAAAUAUAAUAGAGAAGAAGAGCAGAGAGAAGUAAAUUCAAGCGAAGAUGGAAGCAUAAAUUGUGCGAAUCUCAUUAAUAUUCGUGUGAAGCGAAGUUCGACAAAAAAAAAACAGUGGAAACAAGUGAAUAUGUAAAAGAGAGAAGCGAAAUUCGUUACUGCUGUGUGCUGAUAAAUGCCUCCCGCAUAUCUACUGAGCGAAACCAACACCGAAACUAAAGAAGGGGCCGAGCGGGUGGUGUACUGUUAACCGGAUUUAUUUGUUGCCGUUGUCUGUACACAAAGUCGUUGCCGCCGCCAAUGCACUCUGGGUGCUGCAUCGGUCUUCAAGGCGAGGUCAUCGCGUGAAUGAAUAUGCACCGCUGCCGAUCGUUACCGUCGUUAGUGGAGUCAAUGUCCAGCCGAUGAUGAUUCGAUGAUUUUGCAGAACGCGACGAACCGUGAUCGUUUUUUAUCUUUGGUCCGAUGUGCAAGUGCACCACAAAACCAGCGCCUGGAUGACGGGAAUGUUUUGAACAAAAGCCGUCUUCCAGUCAAUUCAUAGUCGACAUCUUAACAGCCGCGUGCUCCGUCGACGCUAACAAGGGCGGUUCAUUCGAGCAGUCAGUCAGCUGAUCGGAGGUUCAUUCGUUACGAUAAAGUGAGGCCGAUUGACCAAUUGUGAUAUUAGAGGAGAAACAACAGAGUACAAAUUAAUUAACCUUAAUUAAUCGUUGCUUUCAAGCGUGCAGUACACAUCUCAUCGGAAUCGCUGAGCCGAGCCGAGUAGUAGUUAGGCAAGCUAAAAACAAAUUUACAUUAGUUCAAUGGAAACUGCAAAUCGGCUGGUGAUACUGGAAGAGCAGGACCAGCUGCACCGUUCAAAAUAUAAGGACGAGGGUAAGAAGAAGGUGAAGAGAAAAGUUGAUUUCACUGGUAACGAUAUCAGCGACAGGAUGGAAGCGGAAGCUGGGACGAAAAAUGCACCCGUCAACCCAAUGUCGGAUGAUGAUUUCGAGAAUAUUAUCGCCCAAACAAUGCAGGAUCUAGAUACGAUAAAGUCGGAUUCAGACAGUGAUUUUGGAGAUGAUCACGGGCUUCCGAGGAGGAAAACAAUCACCCCACCGAAAAGUGUGCGAAAAAAGAACAUUGGUUCUUCGAGUGAUAGUAGUGUAAGUGACGUUGAAGAAGACGUGUACUCGUGGAUAGAAAGUUGUCCGAAAUCUCCGCUAAGUUCUAAGCGAACAGAUCUUCUCCCAUAUACAGCCGCACAUUCGUUACUACUUCGAUUCGGUGAGCGGCGACGAUUAUCCGAAUGCUUAGAGGAAGAUGAGGAUGAAGAUAAACCUCUCACUAGUAAUGGCAGAAAGGACCUUCAUGGUGUGUCCACAAAUCGUAAAAUUCCUCAGAUAAAAAUUAACAAUUUAAACAUAUCGCCGGAGGGUGCCGAUCCUACGGUAGUUCGCAAAUCAAGAUUCAUGGUAACCAAAGCAAGUGAACUGCCUCAGCUUCGGCCAGAAUCGGUAAAUCUGCGGCCUCUAACAGCUGCGCAGAAUUCUCAAACUAUCCACUUUCCCUGCAGCCAGCUAACAUCUCCAGGUAGCAGGAUGUCACUGAAAAGCAUUUUCACACCUGAAUCACCUUUUCCCAAUCCGCACAUGGACAAGCGGUUCUUUGACACAUCACUGGUCGAAAUCCGACCACUCACCACCAGUAUUACGUCUGUGACUGAAGUUGGUCUCUCGAAGGUAGAUGACACGAGCAUCAGUAGCGGCACCAAUUGUAAAAACAUUCCGUUCGAGCUAGAUGAAGUGUGGGUCAAACGGGCGGAUGUGGAGCUGAUACCAAAGAAACCGUCAUCUGCCGGUGAUCCAGUGACCGCGUCGUCCAAGUCGGCAACAUUGCCGGCAUCUUUGAAGGCGGCUCCUCCGACGAAAGCGAAAAAAGACACCAGCAACAACGAUUCCACCGAUGGCGGCAGCAAGUUCCAGCGUCCCUCGACAGCUCCCGGCGAAAGCGAUUCGGCCCGGUCAUCAAAACGUCAGAAAAAGAGCGAACGGGAAGCCAAGAAGCAGGAAAAGGAGCAGAAGAAAAUUGAACGUGAAACUGCCCGCCGUUUGGAACGGGAGGCAGCUAAAUUGGAGAAGCUAAAUCGCAAACACGAAAGCAUAUCCCGUAGCACUGAACGAGUAAGCGGACGCUCGGGUUCGCUGGAAAGGCGGCGUAGUGGUGAGGAUGUUCCGGUGCUCAAUCAGUCCACCGUUCACGGUAUUGCUAGUCCAAAUCGUCGCCCAACGAUUUUCGACGUGUUCCGCACCCGUAAAGGGUCGGAUUCGAAGAAGAAGAAAGAUGAUUCUAGUAAAUCGGGCUCUGAUAAGGAGAGUAGCAGUGGAAGUGGCACCAUUGGUGGUUCCGGUGGUAUCAUGAACAGUAUGAAGGCGGCAUUACACGUCGGAGGUCGCCACAGUCACCAUACCGGCGCAACAACGACGCAGCCGGCGAGCGUGAGUGCAAAAGUACGGGACGGAUCUGCUCAUCCGCAUGCCGGCAGUGACGCACAGUACUACCACACGGUGACGGCCGUACGUCGAGCUGACGCCGGCAAGUCUCCAAUGACAAAGGUGAUGGAUCUGUUCAGGCAUCGCUCUAAUUCAGCAGUAUCUGAGGCAGACAAGCGCAAAGCGCGAGCUGCGGCACAGCACCAACAGCAGCUGGCUGCUCAAACGGCGCACAUGCGACGAGCUUCGGCGGAGCUAGCGGAGAGACGUCGAGCAUCGUUGGGUGCAAGCCGGGGGUUGCGACCGGAUGGUACGAUGGAUCCGUACCACGCGGCUAUCCUGUUCCGAGAUUCGCGAGGGCUCCCAGUCGCCGAUCCCUUCCUGGAAAAAGUGAACUUGUCCGAUUUAGAAGAGGAUGAGUCGCAGAUCUUUGUGAAGUUCUUCCGAUUCCACAAGUGCUAUGAUCUGGUGCCGACGUCGGCCAAGCUAGUCGUGUUCGAUACUCAGCUACUCGUUAAAAAGGCAUUUUACGCGCUUGUCUACAAUGGCGUCCGGGCGGCACCACUCUGGGACUCGAAGCGGCAGGAAUUCGUCGGCAUGCUGACGAUUACCGACUUUAUCAAGAUCCUGAAGAUGUACUACAAAUCGCCCAACUCGUCAAUGGACGAACUGGAGGAGCAUAAGCUGGAGACGUGGAGAAGUGUUCUCCAGGAAGAGGUUAAGAAGUUAGUUAGUAUCGGACCAGACGCGUCGUUGUACGAUGCCAUCAAAACGCUUAUUCACAACCGGAUUCAUCGGUUGCCAGUGAUUGACCCACUGACCGGAAACGUGUUAUAUAUAUUAACCCACAAGCGAAUACUUAGAUUUCUGUUUUUAUAUAUUAAUGAGCUACCAAAACCGUCGUACAUGCAGAAGACGCUUCGCGAGAUACGCAUUGGCAGCUACGACAAAAUCGAGGUUGCAACGGAGGAUACCAGCAUCAUCUUGGCGCUGUUCAAGUUCGUGGAUCGACGUGUCUCCGCACUACCAAUCGUGGAUGCGGAAGGUCGCCUGAAGGACAUAUAUGCCAAGUUUGAUGUCAUUAAUUUGGCCGCCGAAAAGACCUACAACGAUCUGGACGUUUCACUGAAAACAGCAAACGAGCAUCGAAAUGCAUGGUUCGAGGGAGUGCAGAAUUGCAAACUGGACGAAACUUUAUACACCGUGAUGGAGCGGAUCGUGCGGGCGGAAGUACACCGGCUUGUGGUGGUCGACGAUGAAGAGAAAGUGAUCGGUAUUAUUUCACUCUCGGAUAUUCUAUUGUACCUGGUGCUACGGCCUACCGGGGACGGUAUUGGGAAUUCCGAAUCGCUACGGGCGACUGACCCCAAAUUACAAAAAUUAAGCCAGUCGCAAAGGGACAGCAAUGAAAGCAUCGAAGAGGAAAACGUCGAAGAGGGUGGUGAUGUUGAGGAAGAAACAAACAGUGCGGUAGAAGAGAAUGGCGUUGAUAAAAAGACUGACACAACAGAGGAUGAUUGUAGAGAGCCGGAUGCGACCGAUGAAACACCAGUAAGCCAAGAAAAUGGCGAAGAACAAGAGGUUCCGCCAACAGAAUCGCCAGGGGAGCGUAGCUCCAACGAGUCCCCCGUCCAGGAUAUUCUGAACGAGGAACAGAAGGCCAUACGUGAUACACUAGCAGCAAAUGUCCAAAGAGAAGUUGGUUUGGUUAGCGAGUAAUCCUAGAUUGUGUUGGUCCGUAGUGUUUCUAUUUUAAUCAGUUUAUUUUAUCUCAACCAUGCUUAUUUGCCGUUUUAAUGAGGCAUAUUUUGGAAAAUGUACAUCUUUUGUUUAUUUUCUAGCUAUUGUAUAAUAAUAAAGUAGAACUAAAAGCCUAUAAAUGCCUAUCAGUCCCAUAUGAAAAGAGCUAGCGCGGAUGCCUUAUGAGUCUUUUGAACGGGGCAAACGUGCAGGCUAUCUACAAAAACUAAUUUCUUCCAAGAUUGCGUCUAUGGUACUGGUAUGCUUUUAUGAGCGGUUUUUCCAAGGUAAAGCAGCAUUCAAACAUGUUUAGUUUGUUCAAAUAGUAGGAAUUCGCGCCUCGUUCUUGUAUGAUUUUAUGUAAGCAAGGACAGAUUAUGAUGAUGACAGCAAACAGAAUUUGUUGCUGAAAACAGCACACAUAGAAGGCCUUAUCAAUAUACACAGAGCAUAAAAUGAUUCUAAUAUUUUUGAAACGCUACUACGAAGUGAAUUUCUGCGAGAGUUGUGAUCGGAAUGCUGCUGAACUUUAUUGUUUUUGGUGCACGUGCAUGUAAAAAAGAUCAGCUUACAAUUUUUAAACUUGCUUGAAUCGGAUGUUAUGCAAUUAGAUGAAAAAGAAACAAGUACAAAGUAUAGUGUGAAGGAGAACAUUUUUGGAAACACCGUUUUCCGCUAAUUCAAGUAAUCCAAGGUUGCACCGGCCGACAUCCAAAAAAGUUACAUGUAUUUACCAAACAUGCAAUACUAUCGCAGUUUUUGCAUAUUUUUUCACCAUUUACACAACUGUUUCAAAAAAGGGAGCAACACUUGAUAAGAGACUUAACGAAUUGAUUUUUUGUUCUGACGAGAAUAUCGUACAUGGAACGAAAUUAGACAAAACCAAACUUAUUUCAUUACACCUAUUUAAAUUCAACUCCUAAGCUACAGUUAGCAAUAAGCAAACAUAAUAAACUACAAUUAUUAACGUAAUGUGCGCUUCGUGGUCGGAAAAAAAUGCCACAGCGCUGCGAGCGAAUAUUUAAAUUGAGAGAAAGAAAAAAAUUAAAGAGGCGUGUAAAUUAUUAACUGCAAGAGGAAAUCGCAGUAAUGUAUCGCUUAUUGCAACCGUUCAUUCAUUUUCGAUAACCAUCUUUACUCCUGGUAACAAUAAGAGAAUUUCAUAUCUGUAAAUUAUUAUUUAAACAUAAACAGCAAUGAGCGGACAGAGUUGAAGUCAGGUCUGUUCAAAAUAAAAAAAAUACUUGUAGGUACGUGCGAGGUGUGAAUUGGCAAUUACGGUCUGUGCAAGUAAAAAGGAAUACCAAUGCAGAAAAAUGUACAUUAAUACUAAAACUGUUGAUAAUUCAAUUAAGGGAGCGUAGUUUAAUAAAAAAAAAACGUAGAACUUUAAACCGCUAUUACACUUUACUGCUGAAAGAUAACAAAAACCAAUUUGAAAAUAAAUCUGUUAAAUACUGCAA